AUGGGCGAUUACGGUCAAUAUGAUGUGCCUAAGGCAGAUGAAAUGAUCAACUUUAAGGUCGGUCAACCUGCUCCCUCCAUGCUGCCGCUGGACAAAAUUCGUGAAGCUGCAAUGCUCAAAUUUAGCGAAACAGACCCGAUGUUUCUACAAUACGGUGUGAUUAAGGGCUAUCCUAAAUUCCGUAAAACACUGGCUCAGUUUUUAACGAAAGGGUAUCAGCAUGAAGUGGAUCAUGAAAAGCUUUUUGUGACCAAUGGUGUGACUGGUGGUCUCGCCCUCAUUUGCUCACUAUUUCUACAGUCGGGCGACCUUGUGUUCAUGGAGGAACCGUCCUAUUUCCUAGCACUUAGUAUCAUGAAAGAUUUCAAGGUAAAUGUCCGUCAGAUCCGCAUGGAGGAAGACGGUCUUGACAUUGACGAACUUGAACGUCUGCUAAAGCGUGGCGUUGUGCCCAAGGUGCUGUACACGAUUCCCACGUGCCAUAACCCCACUGGACGCACGCUUUCGGCCGAGAAGCGCAAGCGUCUCGUCGACCUUAGUGUCAAGUAUGGCUUUAUUAUUGUUGCUGAUGAAGUUUAUCAGCUACUGUCUUUUCCCCACGUGAUCCCACCUCCACCCAUGUUUACGUUUGACGAGCAUGACACGGUGCUUGCUUUGGGCAGUUUUUCCAAAAUCUUAGCGCCUGCUCUUCGUCUAGGCUGGAUUCAGGGCUCACACAAGCUUUUAAGCAAGAUUGAGGCUUGCGGACAGCUUGACUCGAGCGGUGGAAUCAACCCUGUUAUUUCGGGCAUUGUGCAUUCCGCCAUCUCGACGGGUCUGCAGCAGCAACAUCUGGAUACGACGGUGCAGACACUAUGGGGGCGUGCUGACGCUCUGAUGAAAGAGCUGAAGGCGCACUUGCCAGAAGGUGCGACCUUCGAAGUUCCAGAUGGCGGCUACUUUGUGCUCGUGCGUCUACCGGAGGGUAUGAACGCGAACGACCUGUUGCCAAUCGCUCAGAAACAUAAGGUCAUGUUCUUGCCGGGUGCCUCGUUUAGCAGCAACAUGAAGAACUUCUUGCGUCUUAGCUUUUCGUGGUACGACCUCAACGACAUGCGACUUGGCGCCCGUCGUCUUGCUGACGCCAUCCGUGAGUAUCAAAACGUGUUUGCUUCCCAGCAAAAGGAUGCUCUGGAUGAGGCCACGACAACUAUCAGCAAGGAAAAGGACGUGCGCGUUGCCGUUCACGGCCACAGCGGUCGUCUUGGCUCGCUCAUUGUCGGCGAGCUUCAGAAGAUCACGGACCACAGCGCCGUUUUUGCAGGACCGAUCGAUACGCGUUUCGAUACUGAUGUCGAGGCUCCGGACCUCAACAAUGUAGACGUCGUUAUUGACGUGACGCUGCCUAUUGGCACGAAGAAGUUGAUCUCUUUCCUGCGCGAGCAAAAGGAUGCUGGCAAGAUCAACAAGCUGCCUGCCCUUGUCGUCGGUACCACGGGUGCUCUGCCUAUGGAGGAUCUGGAGGCCUAUUCGAAGCUGUCACCUGUUGCUCUCCGCUCAAAUUUUUCGGUGGGUGUGCCUCUUGUGUCGGAGCUUAUUAAGGCUGCUGCCUUUAAGCUGCCUGCUGAUGGCUGGAACGUCGAGGUUACGGAGAUUCACCAUACCAAGAAGCUGGACGCCCCUAGUGGUACCGCCAAGACGCUUGUAAAGUCGCUUGCUUCUACGGGUGCUCCAUGCCUGGGCGAAACGGGACAGGCUCCGACGCGCUCCUUGCGCCUCGGUGACGAGGUUGGCCAGCACACGGUGCUGUUCGCCGGUCCAGGCGAACGUAUUGAGAUCGUGCACCAGGCAACUCGCCGCGAGGUUUUCGCCAUUGGAGCACGUCAUGGGUUCCACGUGUCUUGUGCUUGCUCACUUCGGUAUGCUACUGCGAUGCACAGUGCCAGCGUGGUCACUGGAAAGACCACAAGGUCAGUUGUGCUCCGCUUGGAAGCAUCACAAACGGCUGGGGAGCAUAAUAUCGUGUGGGGAGCAAAGGAGAUGUCAAUCCUUUACGGCUCUCAGACUUCUUUGCCGUUUGAUGACUUGGACAUCAUCGCGAAACAUUCGCUCCCAAUUGCUAAGGUUAAUAGCGAUACAAUGUACCCUUCUGCUGUGGUGUUCCGCAAGGGUGAUCCAGGCGUGCCCGAUGUGACCGAGUUGGCUUGGUUGACUCGAGCAUUAAACGCACAGAUUGAGGUCAUUAGUAACCAGCCGCAUUUUAUGCAGGACACAAUGGGUGAAUUACUGGGGCUGGGUGAGCACGACGGAGAACAACGUAAGCUGAAGCUAAGCUGUAAGACAUUUGGCUUCAAUGACCAGCUUGUCAUUCGCAACAGCACUGUGCUCACUAUGCAAGAUGUGGAGCGGUUGCGCAACGUAGUGAAGAAGCAGCAGAAAGGUACGCAGAAGGCUGAUGCCGAUGAAAAGGAAGGCGACGCGAAUGUGAGUGAUGAGAAUACAAAGGAUUGUAAAACUGAGAGUGACCAUGACGAUGAUGGCGCUGAUUUGGAAGACGGAAAGAAAAAAUGCGCUGUCAUGUAA